GCAGCAGAAGAAAAGCUUUUGGCUUUUUUCGUGUCUGUUCAGAUAUUCUCGGACGCGGAGUCAAACUGCGGGAUUGAAGAGGGAUUAUUUUUCAGUGACAUAACUUCGCGGCGGGCCUCGACAAAAUGUUUGCGCUCCGGACGUCGUGUCGACGCUCGCCUCUGCAGUUUCUCAGGCUGUUUUCGACCCAAACGUUACCCACCCUCACUCUGUUCACCAAGGAUCCAUGUCCUCUGUGUGACGAAGCUAAAGAAGAGCUGCAGCCGCUCAGACACAGGUUUGUCCUGCAGCUUGUGGACAUAAGUCUACCUGAGAACAGGCACUGGUUCGACAGGUACAGGUGGGACAUACCCGUGUUCCACCUGAACGGGCAGUUUGUGAUGAAGCAUAAAGUGGACGUCGCCCAGUUGGACAAGCUGCUGCAGGACGUUGAGAAACAACAGAUGUGA